UAUCCCUUCUUCUCAAAUGAUAUUUUCUUAGUUCUUUCAUGGCCAAACCGCAUCAAACCAGCCCCGGAAACAGUUGCUUUCUCGGUUGUUUUGGGUUCUCCGUGGAGAAAAAUUCCCAGAAAAAGAACACCACUUCGGUUUCUUGGCCAAGGUUCCGGUUAAGCUCGAGGAAAUCCAGCACCAAGACGGUGCCUGUAAAUAACACAGGCAAGGCCGAGGCCAAUCAUAGCAAGACGAAGAGGAAACCUGAUAGCACUAAGGCUUCCUCUAAACCUCAUAAACCUUCACGUCGGAAUUCCAAAGGUGACCACCAGCGGCCGCCGUUCACCGAUCAAGUUGCACGAGAAACGGCUAAAGAGACGAGGGGGCGCAAGGGAUCGCCGUCGGAGCCGGCGAGGACAGGGUCAAGCCAACCGGCUUCACCGAAGACCAAACCUAAGAAAACACCAACCAGGUUGUCCCAUACGGUGUCGUUACCGGUCACAGAACGGAGUCAACGGUCGGGGAGUCCCCGGAUUCAUGCUCCGAUCAGUCUCCAACUGAAAAACAAUGAAUCAAUCGCAAGAUUCAAGUCGGUGAUGGGUAUAUCUGUCAUCAUGGUGACCUUGAUAACAAUGGUGCUUUGGGGUCGUUUAUGCGCCAUUCUUUGUACAUCGGCAUGGUUAUUUGUCUGCCCUCGUUUCCGAACCAGAAGUAACGGUAACAAGAGCACGGUUGAAACCACCGCGAGCUCCGACGAUUUAUAUUUGAACUCGUCGGAGUAUAAGAAGAAGGUGGUGCUGGAAGGGUUGCUCCAGAGGAACCGCCCAUUUACCUUGUGAAAUCCUUGUACAA